AUGGAGCUCCGGGGGGAGGGGGGAGGGGUGAGGGAUGCCGAACUAUUAUCGGAAUCCGCGCGCUAUCUCCGCACCGGCGUCGCCCCCCCGCUGAGGGCUGACAAUUGGACACGGUUCAAAUCGUUUAUUGACCGAAUCAACCGCCGCCAGUGGGAGACGCUCAGCGAUGCCGUCCAGAGCCGUGUGAACUACAAUCAGCGCGAGCUGUCGCUGUACGAGUUCACCCAGCUGUUGAAGCAAGAGUUUGCGCCCAAAACCAACACCACCAUGGCCAUCGUAACCACAGUUGGGGGGGAUGCCACGGUAGACGGGCCUGUCAUCACUCGAUUGUGUGUCAAGACGUCGCUCGUCGAGGGGCCCCGACUCCCAUCUGCGCCGAGACAACACUUUGAACAUUCCCGGCACAUGGUUGCCUACUUUACCGACAACAAAAUCAGCCAAGUCUAUGACAUAUCAGACGCGGCGGAGAAGCAAACCUUGUGCCAGGCCAUUGUGCCCCCCCCUGCUCUCCGUCCUCCACCCCCACCUGCCUCGAUUGACCUGCGCCAGUUCUACGCAGACUACAUCGCCUGCAUCAACAGUGGGUCCAUCACCGACGACUUGCAUCGAUUCUGCAAACCAUCGGGAGUGACUUGGAACGGCACCCCGAUGUCCGUUCAGAAGUACGGCGAAAUGAUUCAGAGCAGUCUCGAUGCCAUAUCCGGCCUGUACUUUGACAUUCACACACUGGCCGUGGAUGAAGGCCGGCAGCAGCUAGCUGCGCGGUUGGAGUUUACCGGCACUCCUGUCAAAUCGUUCGCUGGGGGAGCACCGAACGGACGAUCCGUGGAGUUUUCCGAACAUGUAUUCUAUUGGUUAGAGCAGGGACUGAUAUCAGAUGUGCUGUCCAUCGUCGACUGGGAAGAAUACAGGUCGCAGCUAGCCCGCUAA